UAUUAUAUAACAUGAUGAAAUUUAAUGUUUCAGGAAUGCUGUAGAAUAUAGCUGCAGUUUUAUUAGUCAAAAUUUGACCUCAACAUGUCAGAAGAACAGAGAAGUGGUGGAGAAAACAGCUCCAGCACAAAACCAGCCAGUCAUACACUUAAACCAAACUACAUACUAAAAUACACACUUUCUGGGCAUUCUAAAGCAGUUUCGUCAGUCAAGUUCAGCCCAACAGGAGAUUGGCUAGCAAGUUCCUCGGCUGACAAAGUUAUCAAGAUAUGGGGAGCUUAUGAUGGAAAGUUUGAAAAGACUUUGUCAGGACACAAACUGGGUAUCAGUGAUGUAGCUUGGUCUCAUGACAGCAGACUCCUUGUAUCUGCCUCAGAUGACAAAACCUUGAAAAUAUGGGAACUGGCUUCUGGCAAAUGUGUGAAAACACUGAAAGGACACAGCAAUUAUGUGUUCUGCUGUAACUUCAACCCACAGUCCAACCUUAUUGUCUCAGGCUCAUUUGAUGAAAGUGUACGAAUUUGGGAUGUUAAAACUGGCAAGUGUUUAAAAACCCUUCCAGCCCAUUCGGAUCCAGUCAGUGCAGUUAACUUCAAUCGAGAUGGCACACUUAUUGUUUCUAGUAGUUAUGAUGGGUUAUGUCGAAUCUGGGACACCACUUCUGGGCAGUGCCUCAAAACACUCAUUGAUGAUGACAAUCCACCUGUCUCCUUUGUAAAGUUCUCUCCUAAUGGGAAAUAUAUAUUGGCAGCAACCUUAGAUAACACAUUAAAACUCUGGGACUAUAGUAAAGGCAAAUGCCUCAAAACCUACACAGGGCACAAGAAUGAAAAGUAUUGCAUAUUUGCCAAUUUCUCAGUAACAGGAGGAAAGUGGAUUGUCUCUGGAUCAGAAGAUAACCUUAUCUAUAUUUGGAAUUUACAAACCAAAGAAAUUGUUCAGAAAUUAGAAGGCCAUUCAGAUGUUGUACUAUGUACAGCCUGCCAUCCGACGCAGAACAUCAUUGCUUCCGGAGCAUUAGAAAAUGACAAAACAAUCAAACUGUGGAAGAGUGACACUUAAAGGAACAUUCUAGAAACCCCUUUUUUCUCUCUCUUUCAUUUAUUAUCAUUAUUAUUAUUAUUUCAUUAUUAUUAUUUUUUUCAUGCCUUAUGUCAAGAGUAAUUUUGCAAAGAUGUUUUGAGUUUAUGGCUUAAAAUGAAAGAAUGUUUUAUAGGUUUUGUCUUUAUUUUUUAUCCCAAGAUAUUUUUGGCUUAAAGCAAAAGAAUGUAGAUCUUGCCUUUAUUUUGUAUUUCAUUUUUUUUUCCUUUGCUUUCAGUCUCUCCUCACUCUUCAACAAUGUUUUUGGCUUGGUUUCAUUCUGUGGUAAAAGUAUAUAUUUUUUUAACCUCAACAUAUUACUAUACAAUAUAUAUGUCUAGUCUCAAAAGCAUGUCCAAAUUCCUCCUAAACAGAAAUCUAACCUGUUAGAUUUUAUCAGUUUUUAACCUACUAACUACUGUGGAAUCCUAUCAACUUUUGGCAUAACAUCAGCCAAAUGAUAUUUAUUGUGUCUAUUUAUAUUUGCACACUCGUUUUACAAGAAUGUCCUCAUUCUUAGUUGUUGGUAGAAUACUUGCUAUUUUUUUUAGACUACUCAAAAAAUUAGGAAAAUGUCAAAGAGAAAGAAAGAUGAGAAAGUGAGUACUUUUUUUUUCUCUGUCAUUCAUUACUGUAUGCAUGUACUUCCUUAUAUAUUUAUUUUUUUCUUUUAUGACGCUUUUAACCCUUUGUUCGCGGGUAGCAUCUACUAUGAUGCCAUGGCGGCAUAGCACCAGUGCCGUAGGUGCCAUCCUUACAGAUGUGGCCCAUACAGAUAUACCUGUUUGGCAGACCACACAGCCACCAAAAAGGGCUGCACACAUUGGGUUAACAAGGCUUAUAUAAACACUAGAACUUUAUGAAAAACAGAUGAAGACAAAAAAAAGCACCUUCGAGAUUCCAUUUGAACAAUAUACUGUGAAAGAAAGAUCAAGUGACAUACAAAAGACAUGGAUCCUACUAAAGGUUACAGGUAGAACAGAUUUUCAAGGGACAAUGAGACCUUUAGGUGCUGAUUAGGAUUUUUAUCCCCCCCCCCCAAAAAAAAAAAAAAAAAAAAAAAAAAAAAAAAUCAUAUCCAAUUUAUUUUUUUGAAAAUAAAUUUAGCAGUUGUAGUUCCCAAAUCAUAAGUAAGGCCUCAUAUAACUAGAAAGAUAUUAGAAAGGAAAUGAAUAAUGCAAGAAAAAUGUUUUGCCUUCUGUGAAUAUUUCAUUUGUGGAAGAGAUUAGUAUGUAUUGUAUUAUGUAUGUUUGGGGUUACUGAGGAAAGUCAUUUUCUUGUCUAUUUUCCAUUUUCUUCAUUACUUGAUUUUAAGAGUAUAUUUUACAAUGUUUAUUUUCAAUAUCCUAUUCCAUCUUGUGUUUUGUCGAUUCCCAGUGUUGUAAGAAGUGAAUAAAAACUGAUAGUGAAAGAAAAGGCAUUUGGGAAUAACAAGUCUCAUGAGAUACAACAUGAAGAUCAGUAAACAUCAAUUUAUAAUGAUGGAAAUCAUGAUUGAUAUGUCGUGUUGAUGUAUGCAUAUUUAUUUUUUAAAAUUAUUUUUGACCAUUAUAUUUAUUAUUUUUCUCUUUAGUUGCCAUACUCUUUCAACAUUCUGUACUUUAUCAGUUUUAUGUAAUGUUCUCUGUAUUAUUUACUCUGAAACUGUAAAGUAAUGUGACAUACUGUAUAUUUGAUAAAAAAAAAAUACAUGAAA